ACACACUCUCCAGCGUGUAAUCCGAGGGAACUCGGGGAGUGCUUGAACUUCGCCUUGGCUUUUGUUCUAUCUCCAUUACUCCGUUCAGUUGCCACUGGCGACAACACUACUUACCUACGCUUCUUACUGGAGGAGGCCCGCCCCUCCAUAGAAUCCCCGCAGAGGCGGCUAGUAGCCCGCAGCGUUCUCGGCCCCCAGCGGGCUCCGCUACGCGCUACCUUGUGACGUCACCGGGGAAAAGGCGGAUUCUCUCCUACUGCCGGAAGACGUCUGCUGUUUUGAUUGGCUGGGGAAGACGUCCGUUAGGGCGUGUUGCCCGUUCUGUGUGCUCUGUGAGCGUAGGCGUUUCUGAGGGUGUGUGUGGCAGGGGUUUCCAAAACCAGCACCAGCACCCUUGCCCUUUUCCAUCAGGGGUUUAGCUUAGGGUCGCCCCUGGUGGGCGGCUCCGGAGUCUUGAAGAAGACCACGAAAACCCCUGGGCAGGCUGAAAGAUGGCGGCGGCGUCGGUCUCUGCGGCUUCUGGUUCUCAGUUCUCGAACAUCUUAACUGACCCAUCAAGGUCUAAUGGAAGUAUGGUUCGGCAUUCUUCAUCUCCAUAUGUUGUGUAUCCAUCGGAUAAGCCUUUCCUUAAUAGUGAUCUACGACGCUCCCCGAGUAAGCCUACACUUGCCUAUCCAGAAAGCAACAGCAGAGCCAUAUUUUCUGCUCUUAAGAAUCUUCAAGAUAAGAUUCGUCGCUUGGAACUUGAGAGGAUUCAGGCAGAAGAAAGUGUGAAAACCUUGUCUAGAGAAACAAUUGAAUACAAGAAAGUACUGGAUGAACAGAUACAAGAAAGGGAGAAUUCAAAGAAUGAGGAAUCAAAGCACAAUCAAGAACUGACAUCUCAGUUGUUAGCUGCAGAAAAUAAAUGUAAUCUAUUAGAAAAACAACUGGAAUACAUGCGAAAUAUGAUAAAACAUGCAGAAAUGGAGAGGACAUCUGUCUUAGAGAAACAAGUUUCCCUAGAAAGAGAACGACAACAUGGUCAAACACAUAUUCAGAGCCAACUUGAAAAAUUGGAUCUUCUUGAACAGGAGUAUAACAAACUUACCACAAUGCAGGCCCUUGCAGAAAAAAAAAUGCAAGAGUUAGAAGCAAAACUCCAUGAAGAAGAGCAGGAAAGGAAACGCAUGCAAGCUAAGGCAGCUGAGUUGCAGACUGGUCUAGAAACAAAUAGACUUAUCUUUGAAAAUAAGGCAACUCCACGUGUUCCCAAUGCAAGAAGAAUUAAAAAAAAGAAGUCAAAACCACCAGAAAAGAAAAGUUCUAAGAACUAUUUCAUUGCACAGCCACAUUAUAGAUUAUGCUUGGGUGAUAUGCCAUUUGUAGCUGGGAAGUCCACAAGUCCUAGCCAUGCUGUGGUAGCCAACGUUCAGCUUGUCCUGCAUCUAAUGAAGCAACACAGUAAAGUUUUGUGCAAUGAUCGAGUUGUCAGCAGUAUUCCUUUGGCAAAGCAAGUAUCUUCACGAGGUGGUAAAAGUAAGAAGUUGUCAGUAACACCUCCCUCCUCCAACGGUAUUAAUGAGGAGUUGUCAGAAGUCUUACAGACUUUACAGGAUGAAUUUGGGCAAAUGAGCUUUGAUCACCAGCAGCUUACAAAACUUAUCCAGGAGUCACCAACUGUUGAACUGAAAGAGAACUUAGAGUGUGAAUUGGAGGCAUUAGUGGGAAGGAUGGAAGCAAAAGCCAACCAAAUAACUAAAGUUCGAAAAUACCAAGCCCAGCUGGAGAAACAGAAGUUAGAGAAGCAGAAGAAGGAGUUAAAAGCUACCAAAAAGACUCUUGAUGAAGAAGGAAAGAGCAGCAGCCGUUCUUCUGGAAUCACAGGGACCACAAAUAAGAAAGAUUUUAUGAAACUGAGACCUGGAGAAAAACGCAGAAAAAACCUUCAGUUAUUGAAGGACAUGCAAACCAUACAGAAUUCAUUACAAAGCAGUAGUUUGUCUUGGGAUUACUGACUUAUAACGAGGUCAUAAAUUUUAUUCAGAUAAUCCAUACCUCAUCAAUCAGAUGUUGACAGUUUACUUCCCAGGUCUCAUACUAACUUAUGUUGAAAUUAAUUUAUAGCAGGUGUUUAAGGGACCCAGGCUUCAUUACACAGGCUUUUUGUGUCUGCAGCAUGACUCAAUGUUAAAGCAUUUAAACAGAAACCAGGGGAGUUGAGAAAGCCUGAGAAACCACACAUUAUCUUGUUUUGUUGAGAUGAGUUUGCUGUACUGAUAUAUUGCACUUUGUAAACAGAUUACCAGUUUUUUACUUGUGGGUGUGAUUUUUAAAAAAUAGUUCUUUAAAAUUAAAAUUAGGUUUAAAAUUUCAAAAUAUGAGACUAUGCCAUAGGCAGUGCUUGCUUGAAAAGUCUCAUUUUUAAAUCUUUCCCUGGCAUGAAGUGCCCACUUCCCCUUUCCAAAGCAACCAUUAAAGAUACUUUUUGUUUCUAUUAUUGGUGGAGUUUUACUAUAUUAAAAAAUUUAUAUUUAAGAGGAUUUUAAUUUUGCUUUUUGGCAUUUGACUUUUAUCAGUAUUAAGUGGACUUCCUUUUUAAUCUAUUGUUCAUUUUUUAAAAACAAGCAAUUUUAAGUUACAUCUGUAAAAAUUAUAAAAGGAUUUUUGAAAGUAACUUAUGCUUUGAGCAUACACCUUCACAGUUCUUAAAUAAUACCUGUUCUGUAAUCAUGAUACUCACUCAAGGCAUAGCGGUUUUUAAUCUCAAAACUCAGAGAACCCUUUGAAUUAUUUGCUUUUACAGGUGUACAGUAUGAGUGGAAUAUGAACUGUGCACAUAAUUGUUAUCCUAUUCAUAUAAUUUCAACUAGAUCAAGAUGUUAACCUUUUAUAAAUUUGAAGUCAAUAAAGCACCUUUUUAAAGGAAACACUGAAACUUUCCUUAACAGCCUGUUAAUAAGGGCUUUGUAAUAAGCUCCGAAAACAUGCAUUUCUAAAUAGGACAUCAAUGUAUUGAUGACGAGAAAAAACUAGUACUUAGUUGCCAUUCUCAUGCUUACAUAGAAACAGAGCCAAAAAAUAUUAGAUUUCUCAUGAUAUAAGGUAAUUCAAGAGUGCGAAUGAACAUGUUAGCCACAUAUUAGAGGAAUUCCUUAUAUGCCUCCCCUAGAAUUGAGUUAAAAUUCUUAGAUUAUAUCCAGACAUCCAGCAUGAAUUGUCAUGGCUUCCUGGGCACCAGGCAUGUCAGGCUUUUCUAUAGUAACAGGUUUUAAUUUAGGAUCCUUAAAUAGAUUUUGGGGUAUUAUUUGUGACUCUCCUGAAAUAGUAACCUCGGGUUUGUUUGUCCAGUUUUCUAAUGAGUAGGUUUGUGACUUGAUUGAAUUAACCAUGAGCCCAUAGCCACAAGGAAAGUGAGAAGCAGUGCUCUGGUGACAUGAUAAAUAUAUUUGUUAACCACCAUUUCAACUAUUAAAAACUGCUAUUCUCGCCUUGUUUGAAUUUCAGGUCACUAAACUGUAUAACCAUCAUUUGAA